UAGAGGGGCGGUGGUGGUUUGUUGGGUGGACCUGUCGCCCGAAACAAAAUCAAAACAGCAGCAGAUUUGCGCGGCCACGUCGAGCGACCAUCGCCCGCCCCCCGCCUCCUCCGUCGUCGCCAUACGUGGGGGCGAUCCGUCCUCGCCCUCAUCACCGCCUCCAUCGCCCCCGCGAUCCACGAACCCCCUUCCUUCCUCUCCUUUCCUCCCCUUCGUCUUUGGAUGCAUCCCUUCUGCUGCGCCCCGACGGUCCCCGUCUCCCCCGCUGCCGCCGCGGCCGCUACCUCGCACCCCUUCCCACCUUCCAUGCCCCCUCACCCUGUCCGCUCCAACUCCGCCUCCCCCCACCAUCACCACAACGGGUUCCGCUGGCCCGCCCAUGCCGGCUGUAGCGGCCACCGGCUGGCGACGUUGGACUUCGACGCCGGCCCCCAGCGAUCCACGUCGCCACGCGAGGCAGGCCUCCUUUGCGGCGGGGACCACCGAGAGGUGAAGAUUAAUGAUAUCGUCGGCAGUGGGAUCGCCGGGAUCCUCCAUAAAUGGGUCAAUUACGGCAAGGGUUGGCGGCCCCGGUGGUUCGUCCUCCAGGAUGGCGUCCUCUCCUAUUACAAGAUCCACGGGCCGGAUCGGAUCGAGGUCAACUGUGAGACCGAGAAGGGAUCCAAGGUCAUCGGGGAAGAGUCGAUGCGCCGCUUGUACCGCAGCAAGAACGGCCAAUCCCAUCACCCCCGUAAACCCUUCGGCGAAGUCCACCUCAAGGUUUCAUCGAUUAGAGAGAGCAAAUCAGACGACAGGAGAUUCUCGAUCUUUACGGGAACGAAGAGGCUGCACCUGAGGGCGGAGACGACGGAGGACAGGGCGGCAUGGAUGGAGGCGCUGCAGGCGGUGAAGGAGAUGUUCCCGAGGAUGUCGAAUAGCGAGCUGAUGGCGCCGUUGGAGAACGUGUCAGUGUCGACGGAGAAGCUGAGGCAGAGGCUGCAAGAGGAGGGGGUCAGCGAGGCCGCCAUCCAUGACAGCGAGCAUAUCAUGAGGACCGAGUUUGCUGUGCUGCAGAACCAGCUCGUAGUCCUUAAACAGAAGCAGUCCCUCCUCCUCGACACCCUCCGCCAAUUAGAGACAGAAAAGGUUGAUUUGGAGAAUACCCUUGUCGAUGAGAGCCAAAGGCAGUCAAAAGAGUAUGGAUCUGCUUCUAGAUCAAGACAUGAGAAAUCUAGUGGUAUGAUGAAUGAAGGAAGUGCCAGUGAAACUGAGGAUGAGAACGAAAGGCAUGAUGCUGCUGAAGAGGAGACUGAUGAUGAAGAAAAUGCAUUUUUUGAUACACGAGAUUUUCUCUCAUCAAGUUCUUUUAAAAGCAGUGAAUCUGAAUUUCAUAAAUCUGAAAUUGAUUCUGAUGAUGAGGAACUUUACGGAGUUGGUCAGGUUGAUGGUGUUGGCUCGUUGAUGAGGACCAUGGGAACUAACUACUCAUAUGUUAGGAGACGUAAAAAGUUGCCUGAUCCAAUUGAAAAAGAGAAAGGAGUGAGCCUCUGGUCGAUGAUUAAGGAUAACAUUGGAAAAGAUCUCACCAAAGUUUGUCUUCCUGUGUAUUUUAAUGAACCACUGUCAUCAUUACAGAAAUGUUUUGAAGAUCUGGAGUACUCUUACCUUCUUGACCGUGCAUAUGAGUGGGGCAGAAAGGGAAAUGGUCUUAUGAGGAUUCUUAAUGUUGCUGCAUUUGCUGUUUCUGGAUAUUCUUCAACUGAGGGCAGGCAUUGCAAGCCUUUCAAUCCACUUUUGGGUGAAACAUAUGAGGCUCAUUAUCCAGACAAAGGCCUCCGGUUUUUCUCAGAAAAGGUCAGUCAUCACCCUAUGAUUGUCGCAUGUCACUGUGAGGGUAAUGGAUGGAAAUUUUGGGGAGAUAGUAAUUUAAAAAGCAAGUUUUGGGGUCGUUCAAUACAGCUUGAUCCUGUUGGUGUUCUAACACUUGAGUUUGACGAUGGUGAAAUUUUUCAAUGGAGCAAGGUGACCACUUCCAUCUACAACCUUAUAUUGGGAAAACUUUAUUGUGAUCAUUAUGGUACUAUGCGCAUACAAGGAAAUCGUGAAUACUCUUGUAAACUGAAGUUCAAGGAGCAGUCAAUAAUAGACCGCAACCCCCAUCAGGUGCAUGGCAUAAUUCAAGAUCGGAAUGGGAAAAUAGCGGCAACACUCUUUGGAAAAUGGGAUGAGAGCAUGCAUUUUGUACAUGGAGAUUGCUCAGGUAAGGGCAAGGGAUCUGAACCAUUGUCUGAGGCCUGCAUAUUAUGGAAAUGUGGCAAACCACCUAAGAACCCCACCAGAUACAACCUCACACGCUUUGCAAUUACAGUGAAUGAACUCACCCCUGGACUAAAGGAAAAGCUGCCACCCACAGAUUCAAGGCUAAGACCUGAUCAAAGGUGCCUGGAGAAUGGGGAGUAUGAAAUGGCAAAUGCAGAGAAAUUGAGACUAGAGCAGCGGCAGCGGCAGGCACGGAAGAUGCAGGAAAGGGGCUGGAAGCCUCGGUGGUUUGCAAAAGAUAGAGGAAGCGACACAUACCGCUAUAUCGGCGGUUACUGGGAGGCCAAGGAAAAGGGCAAUUGGGAUGGGUGUCCUGAUAUCUUCGGCCAAAUCCCUGGUGAUCAAAUAAUUGACUGACCGCCGGUUUGGAAUAGGGGCAGGCUCUCUCUCUUACCGUUCUUCACCUCCACUUCCCCCUUCUCUUUCCCUGUGGUGGUAUCCCGUGAUUCCAGUCUACAUGCUCGCCAUUCUCGAGCAGUCAAGGUGCCAUGUGGCUUGUAAACAAGGGAGAUGGUAUUUCCAAUAUUGUUUAUAUAUAGAAUAGAAUAAAAGAACUGUAUUGUUCCCCAGCUCUUGCAGCAAAAUGAUUUGGGAAAUAUUGAGAUAAAAAAUGGCCGCUGAAAGAGCCAAGAAAUAUACCGGUGUUGCUUUUUCCACGCGGCCGCUUCUUGCUUUCUA